AUGCCCUCCAAUGCUACAGGGGACACUGAUCCCAAGGCGAGUUGCCUUCUGGCCACACAUGCUCCUUGCAGCUCUUCCUUGCUGUUAAGCAACCGGGGCGGCCACUCCCCUCCAUCCUGGGCGAGGCUUACCAAUCGAGAUCUCCUGCGCGAAGGCCAGCGAGAUGAGCAGCAGCGGCAGCCCCACGGCAAUGCAUGUAACCAUCUUGUCCACGGCCAGCUCCAGUCGCAGCCCCUUGAACUUAGGCUCGGUGGGCUCCUUCAGCAAGAAAUCCGAGAACACGUACUCCGUGGCCAGGUGGGCGAUGGCCAUGGCUGCGGCGCGCCAGGCUCGGCCAGGCAGGACUUGGUACUGCCGGCGUCGGGAGAGCUGCGCGGCUCCUUCACCCUGUCACUGGCCGGGUGUGCGGCUUUCGCUUUCCCUUUGCCUGCUCCCCAGAUGCUCCCGCAUCCCGCCUGCCUUUAUGUCUCGGUGCCUCCGGCUCCCAGCGACCCCGCCGGGCUCUCGCGCUCGCUGCCUCCGCCGCCGGCGGGGCGGGGCGGGGCGGGGAUCCGGGCGCUCCGGUUCCUGCGGUCCCACCUCGCGCCCUCAGCCGGUGUAAGUCCCCGGGACGCGCGCGGCACUCGGAUUCGCGCCUCUCCCGCGCGCCCGCAGGCGCGGGAACCACGCGCGAGACAAAGCGCUUCCCUCUGGCCCUGCGCCUACGCGUCGCCCCGGCUGCCGAAGGGCCCUCCGGGCCUGCCCUGCGCUCUCAGCCAGCCGCGCCGCCCUCUUCCGGAACCAUCCGGGGAAACCGAGUACCCAGGGGCGUGGAGCUUCCGGAGACGCGGUGACGCGGGGCGGGGUGGGCGCGGCUGCAUCCCGCGCCCCUCGGGCCCUCUCUCCGACAAAGGGAUUUUCCCACUGAGCGGCACCUUUGAAAAUUCUCCCGUCCCUCCCGGCCGCAUUCUCCUCACAUCCUGGCACCCGGGAAUUUUAAAAUCAUUUCUGCAAGCAACUCUUUCUGUGGACGGGAUGGCCCCCUUUAUGCCCCACCCCUAACAUUUCCAACACAGUGAAAUGGGUUAGAAGGAGCUGUAAAAACUUCAAAGAAGAGUCAGUGCCGUAAAAGGCCAAUGGAGCGGUGUAGACAGACGGUCCCUUGCAGAGGGAGCGCUGGACCCUUCCAGGAGCUCCGCGUGAGAUGGUGGCGUGGAAACGCUGUGGCGGACAUUGCUGAUGAUUUCAUAGAAAGAUGCAGGAGGAGGAAAAAUGGACACCAAAGGUAAGAAGCAAGAAGCAGUGAGGCCCAAAGUCAAAUGAAGAGACUGCCCUGCUAGGAGCAGGGACACUUGUAUUUUAACAGGAGGGAAAGGUGUGUGUAAGUGAAGGCGUGAAGGCCAAGUUGAUUUUCUCAAGAGUGAGGCUGAGAACAAGGAGUGUAGUUAUGUUUGAGGAAACAAUGUUUGAGAAGUCAUAUUAUUUGUGGAGAUACAUUAUUUUGUUUCUUUUCCUCUAACAAGUAUCAUUGGC